GGUAAAUAAUAAAUCAAUUACAUAAUAUUGUUACCUACACUGCGUGAUCAAGUGCUGUUUAAAAUUCACAUUGACAAUGUUGAGCUAACUCAGUUUUUGGAUACCAGCUUACCUUGGCGUAAGGAUUUUUAAUUUUUUUGAAAACCAGUUUUGGAGGCCAUGUCUCUGAUCAGGAGGAGGGCUUUGUAUAAGCGAAAAGGGUCUGAUUUUUCCAGAAGCGAUGAGGGCUUAUUUCAAGGCGAGACAAUUUACUGCCAAACCCUUGAAAUCUCUAAUGAUGAAAACAAUGAAGUUUAUGAUGAACAAGUCACCGAUUAUGUAGAGAGGGUUGUCAAUGAUACCAAACACGUCUUUCACGCAGGACCAGUCUUCUUCAAAGGAACCAUUAUCUGUGAAAAAUCGAGAGGAGAGUACACGUUAUCUUUCUAUCUGUAUACAAAGUCAAUAUGGAAAGAAGAGGUAAAAACAUCUGUAAAGAAAUGUUACUUCGAGGAUUUGGUUAGCCAGUCACCUGCAUUGUCUCUAAAAUCAGAGAGAAUAUUACAACCUUGGACGACUGUGGUACAGGGAUCUGUAAAUGCGAAAAUAUCUGAUGGAUGUUCAGCUAGUGGAAACAAGAAAACACAGAUUGAAGACGUGGAGAAAGAGAUGAUAACGAAAUUUCUCGAGGGUAACUCGUUGACAAGGUGGACUUUCAUGGACAUUUUGAAAGAAAUGUACAUAUUUGAAGUGAAUCAUGCAACUUUUUUAUCGCGUUGGGUCCAUUUCAUAGCAACACCAAUCAACAUGAUUUUGAGCAUGAUGUUUCUUUCACAAUUUUACCUGAUUGGUGGUCGCUAUGGUAGCAUAAUAAACCUGAACGCCUCUCAUAUACUGGUUUUCCUUCUUGUUGCCGGCUACAUGCGGUUAGGAACUAUCCGGAAGUGCGAACUUUGGGGAAUUUCUGUGUCUAUCGUCAUACUCUGUCUUUCGUUGACAGGAAGGUCUCUCUACAUUCGGGUCUGUGGAUACGAGUCUUGCUCGGAAGGCAUCUAUAUCUUACCCUUAGUGUUUGGGUUUUUUACUAGUUUGCUUCAGAUCACUAGCGAUUCCUUAUAUUCGGACUUUUCAACAGGGGAUAUUACAUUUGAGAUACUGAAAGAAAUUUUAUAUGGGUUCACAUUUGACACCAGUCUAUCAAUUCACGAUCAACUCCGACAAAUUGGGUGGUUCUUAGCUUGGACGGUGCCAUCUACAUUUGUGUCAUGGGUACAACAACUUGGAGUACAGGUGGGAUUUGUACUGACAAAUAUUGGAUAUAGACCAACAGAAGCCGAAAUUUAUGUCAAGUACCUGAAAAAAUGUGAGCAAAAUAAUUUGGACAUUUAUCAUCGCUUGCCAAAGUCUUCCAGCGAUGUAUCGAGAAUGAACAUGUCCUCUCCGUGUGUUCUGGCUCUGAAAGAAUGUGGGCUGAUGAGGAAAGAAAAACUGACGACCAAAGAGACCCUCAGUCUCUGUGUUACCAUCAGAUUAUGUGCAAUGUAUUUCCAAAAGAAGUAAUAUUAAUUAUUUUCUUGCAAGGAAAACUAAAAUAGAAAAUAACUCACAGACAAAAGUUGUAUCGUUGUUUUUGAACAUGUACAGUGUGUUCUUGUUAAUGAAAUUGAUUUAGAGUUGCUUUUGCCAAAAAGAGAGAUAUUGGAAAUCUCCAUGCUUAUUAUACAUCUGUCGUUUGUUUUAUUUAUCGACGACGUAUUGUCUAUUAACAAUGAUUAUUUCCAUUCUUAUGACCAUACAAUAUAUCCCAAUGAGUUUGAAAUAAAAGAUACCGCAGAGUCUGAAA